GGUUCUACAUUGGAUUGCAUCUGGCUAGCACUUCCAUGGAAUUUGCAACUAGAAUUAGUUCUUAUUGUCCUGUUACGAACCACAUGUUGGUUUAUCGACCUGAAGUCACGGAGGAUGCGCCUCUGGAGCAGUCAGUCACCUGCUUAAGUUUCCUAACAUCAGUUUCCUUGCUAUUGAACGCUUCCAUGCAAACUGAAUGGUUACUUUGAAGCCAAGAGGGUGUAAUACCUUUUGGGCUCAAAGUGUUUUAGCAAACUGACGGUUCUUCUACCUUACUCUUUGUGCCCUCUUGAUCCCCGCUUGAUGCGUUCUGGAAGUGAAAAUUGAGCCCAGGUGUUUCAUUUUAGGGUUUAAUCAUGGCCCUGUAGAGGUUUGCAAUUUUUUUCACAAAGUAAGGAACCUAUGGGGGAUCCAGCGAUUGAAAGCCUCGGGCCUUUCUGGGAAACAGUGGUCAACAACUGUAAUGUUGGCCGGGAACAUAAGAAGUCCUUCAUUCCUUUCAAGCUCGAAGGCGAAAUCCUUGGCUACAUACACCCGAGUAUACAGGUUUUGGGAACGCAUAAAACGGUUCGAGAAAAUUUUCUUCCACGAUCCAGGGGAUUUGAGAAUCGGCACUGGGAAUGGGUGGAUUACUCUGCAUCCUACCUGCAAUUCGACUGGCGAACGUACCAGACAAAUAGACACAAUAUUGCGUCUUCUCGAAAAUGAAAAAAAUAUUACGGACUGGCGAAAUGAGCUCUGUCCAGUUGUAACUAGGUUUGAUGGGCAUCGUUAUUUUUCCAUUGAGCGGGCAGCUCUUCCCUUCUUUGGAAUUAAGUGUUAUGGACUGCACAUGAACGGGUUCGUCAGAAUGAACGGAAAAGAUUUUCUGUGGAUAUCCCGGCGGAGUAAGAAAAAGAAAUCAUUUGCAGGCAUCAUGGACAAUAUGGUUGUGGCAGGCCAGACCCCAGGAGGGAACUGUAAGGAGAAGCUAAUCCAAAAAGCUUUGGCGAAAGCCAACAUACCCGUUCACAUGGCUCAGAAGGCUGUGUCCUGCGGUCAUGUGAGCUAUGAGCAGUGUAACGGCUUGAAGAUGAAGAGGGAUGUGAUUUACUGCUAUGACUUGGAACUGCCUCCUGAUUUCCUUCCCUUCAACAAUGAUGGAGACAUCGAGGACUUUAAAUUAGUGUCCCUUGCAGAUGUUGCAAAACUUGUGUGCACACCGGGUCAAUACAAGCUCAACUCCGCUUUAGUUGUAAUGGAUUUUCUGUUCAGACACGGACACAUCCACCCUCUUCAAGCUGGUUAUAUCCGUCUGCACGAAAGCUUGCACAGCGGGGAUAACCACUAAACAUGCAAUGAUGCUGGAUCUCGGACCGAAACAUGACGAUUGCAAAAGCUAUUACGAGGAUCUGCAGCCAGUGUCUCCAAAUUGCGCAUAAUACCAAUUUCUAUCACAGGCCAUGACAAUCAACGAAUGUUAGUGUUUGUAGAACCUGGUGUGGCCAUCUCGAUCUCUAAACCCUUGGAAGAAGACUAGUUGCGGUUGUAGCUAUAUCUUUUCUUGCCCUCAGUAUGGUUUAGGAUUAAAUUGAGCUGGCCAAUGUAUCUAAUCUAGAGCAGAAUGUUUCGUUCUUGCACUGAACAAGUGUUCUCGUAUAUAAUUAUUGAGUAACUUCAGUGUGACCCCAAACCUGAGAAGUUCACUCUGGUCGAGGUUUACGGUGUAACAGGAAGUCCAGACGAUGUUAGAAGUGGAGUUAUGUACAGCUAAAUGGAACUCAUAGAAGAAACUUGGAGGAGCCCAAUCUAGCUUUCUCAAAUGCUCAAAUUUCACCUCAACAGUGUUUACUACUACACCCUAGACAAGAAAGAUGAAGUCGGGGUUGAAUCCAAUGAAUCACUGGUAUUUUUAAGACA